AUGGCAACUCACGGAUCAAGAAGAAAAUCUUGGCAAUUUAUAUUUCUUUCUGAUUCAAAUUAUGUUUAUGGUUUAUUGAAUCCACAUGAAUUGGAUUAUGAAUUAGAUACAAAUCAUAAUAAUCAUGGAAAAAUAUUAGCUGGUAUACAAUGUGUGGAUAAAGUUGAACGGUCAAAACUGAUUCAUAAAUGGUUGAAUAUUGAAUUAGAAAAUUUCAAUGAUAAUUGGCCACAAUUUCAUCAAAACAAUGAUGAAUUUAAAAUUUAUGGAAAUGUACCAAUCCACACAAGGAUUGGACGAGUUGUUGCUAUGGAUAUAGAUUCUGAUAAGAAAUUAUCUAACUAUAUACAACCUUCUUAUCAUUAUAGUAAUCAAAUUAUGAAUCAACGAUCAUCAAUACAUGUAUAUCUUUUACUUGUAAAUGAACAAAAUACAACCGAUCAUAAUGCAACUUUGAAUAGAACUGGAUGGAUAUCCACAACAAUAAAUCGAUCUAGUCCAUAUCAUAAAACUUCAUUGAUCUACAAGCAUUCUAAUGAGCAUAUUCCAAAUAUGAUACAAAUGGAUUCAUUGACCGAUAGAAUAGAGUUAUACAGUGAAGCUGUACUAUAA